GUUGCCACCCAUGAGAAAAAAGCACAGAAGCAUUGCACAUUUCUGCUCUGCACUACAUCUCCUUUUGUCUCUUUGAAAAAUGCUACAGAACAAUUCAAACUGCAGCACGUCUCACUUCAGGUACCCGUUUUUUACUUCCACCUACAGUUUGAUACUGCUGUUUGGCCUUCCUCUAAACUUGGUGUCUCUUUGGAUACUGGUGCGUCGCAAUGGCUUGAAGAAAUCUGUUCCGGUGAUCUACAUGGCCAACCUGGCGCUAUCAGAUCUCCUUUUCAUUCUUUCCCUGCCCUUUCGGAUUAUCUACUUUGCCAAAGGCAACUGGACGCUGGGAAACACGCUGUGCAUGAUUCCAGGGACGCUCUUUGCGGUCAACCUGUACUCCAGCUCUCUGUUCAUCACCCUCAUCAGUGUGGACCGGAUGCUGGCCGUGGUGUACCCGCUGAGAUCUCGACCUCUCCGGACAGCGCCCGUGGCCUGGGGGCUGUGUGCCACCGUGUGGGUGCUCAUUGCUGGAUUAUCAGUACCAACUGCAAUGAAUCAUCAGGAAAAUAAGGAUGAGGAGUGUAACGUGACGCGUUGUUUUGAGAAAUACACAACAGAUGAGUGGUGGAAUGGUUUCUACAUCCUCUGCUGUGUCACUUUUUUUGGCAUUUUGGUGCCGUUUGGCAUCAUUUUGGGCUGCACGGUCGCUGUGGUACGGCAGCUCCGCGGUUGUAGCAUGACAACCUCCUCGAGUAACUCUGACAUGAGCAAAAUCAAGAUAGUGAAGCUCUUUCUCUCCAACCUGCUCAUCUAUACGAUCUGCUUCAUUCCCUUUCACAUAGCUUUCAUCCUCUUUGCCCUUAACAAACUUAAGUUACUUCACGGAGGUGCUUUUCAUGACAUUUACUUCAAUAUACACACUGUUACAAUGUGUAUGGCCAGCUCAAACAGCUGUCUGGAUCCGCUGAUCUACUAUUUUAGCACAAAGCAGCUUCAAAGCAGAGGUAGGUGUGAUUCGUCAACCAAAACCGGAGGCAUCGGCCUGAUCCUGAGCACAAGUCUGACCCCACAGUGAAAGACAGAAGAGCACAUGCACCAAAUGACCGACAGACACGAGCACUUCGUGGGAAAUGAAAUAUGUAAAAAGCAAGUUAAAAAAGCUCAGUUUUGCAAAUAUGCAAAAAGAAGAUCUGUUGAAUCCCAAGUGAAUUUAAGUUCAAACUCUCUUCAAAUCUGAUGAUCUCUGAUGUCGAGUUUGAAUGGAGAAAAGGGAAGAAAACAGCACGUGUUAAACUGAAGUGGUUCUCUUCCAGAUAUCAAUGCGUGUUUGUGUUUAUUGUCCUCCAUCUCACCACACCACACGUGAAUCUGUUUUUCUGAGAAACAAGAAUGUACUCUGCAAAUCUCUUAUUGUUCGUUGUAAGAAAUGUCAUCAAAAAAGCCGCUUGCUUCAGCAUUAAAAUGAAUAGACGGCAAUGCAACUUUGUUCUGUAAACUUGUAUAAAUGAACUCUUUGCAAACAUGACAAAAUGUUCUCAUUUGGAAGUAGCUUUGGAUAAAAGCAUCUGCUAAAUGAAAAAACGCAAAUGUAAAUAAGGCUUAUUGAAGGUAAAUAUGUCCUACUUGAACCCUUUCAUCUCAGGUCAUCAUAAACAUGGUCCCAUUUUUUUAGACUGAAAAUAUUUUUUCUUAAAUUUGUAUCGGACAUUAUUUCAGUAAAAAAUAAACUUACGUAAGGUUA